AUGGAGUCCGACGGCGUCCUCACUAACACAACGACGCAGUCGACGAGUCCCGAAUGGGAGGGCAUAUCAGCCGCCGAAGGGAACUUGGAGGAUGGGCCUAAGCCGGCAGCGAACAAGCGCAUCAGAUUCCGCGUCCAAUAUGUCAGCAAAGAAAACGAGGUGCUUCACCAGUAUGAAACAUCGGGACCAAACCUAGAGGAAGAGACCGUUGCCUCAGGUCCGAAGCCAGCCUUCGAAGUUGUCACCACGUUCAAGUCCAACAAGAAGGCGGCCAUCCAAGAGAACGAGAAAGACACGGAGCAACGCUACACGUCAGCCGCACCAUCGCGCAGUAUGCGCAUCCUGUCUGGAGCAAUCGCGCAUGCUCUUCGUUCAGUCGUCCAAUUCUAUCCCAGUCAGGAUCUUGCGAGCGAUAUCAUUAAGAUCGACUACCCCUAUGCGGUUCUCGUGCAUCACUACGACGAGUUGGUGGAGUAUAGAGAAAGAGUUAGCGUAGACUCGCCCGAAGAGCUCUGUCACCGAGAGAAGGACGCAUACGAGGAUCUGUGUGUCCUUCUAGAAUUCCUCGAUGAGCAUAUCAUGCCGGCGGUGGAAGAAGAACGGGCCAGGAACCGACGCGGGUACGUGAGCUAUGAAGGGUUUUGGAUAAACUUGAAGCCCGGAAACACCAUUGUUGCACAUGCGGGAACCUCGAAUGAAUACUACGCAGGAGUAGUGCACUCUCUCUCUGGGGGCCACUUUGUAACACCAGCGACUACCUGGCAGCUCUACUACUGGUCCCUGGAUUACGAUGGCAGCGUAAUUGGUCGCCGAAAAUGGAGCAUGUCGUUUACCAAGUGGGAAGGAGAGGUAGUCGAGAAGACGAGGUCCGUGGACCUGAGGACCCGGCCCCGCGAAGAGGACGUGGAGACGAUAAUCGAGCAAGGGAAGUUGUACUGGGGUCUUCUUAAGAAACAGUGCAAGUACUUCAAGGGCAAAACAAAAGAAUUCCCACACACCGAAGUUGACGGUCUUGUGAUGGUGGACAUAGACGAACUAUACGGUGCAAACGACCGCUUCAUUCCGCAGUUGAUGGACACCGAUGUUGACAAUCGCGCCUCAAUCCCCGGUUGCAGUUGCACAGUUUGUAGUCGCAGAAGAGCCCCAAAUGCGAACAGUAGUGGGGUGCUCUUCGAAAACAUCUAUCCCAAACUAGCCACCGACCUGAAAGACGAUCAGCUUUUUCUGCUCCCAAAGAAUAUGUGGGCCUAUGUGUUCAAAACACGGCAUUGGGAGCUUCUUCCGGUUGGGGGGUUCACUCAACCAGACUUUGAGGAGGAGCUUAUCGAUAACUUGGUGAUGGAAGAAAAGAGAUUGAAGACGCUCAAGGCCCUAGCGAAAAGCUUUGCUCGCGUCAAUCAAUUCGGGGAAGGGCUGAAGGAAGAGCACUGGUCAGCAGACUUUGUCAAGGGAAAGGGGAACGGCCUGAUAUUCCUCUUACAUGGAAAGCCGGGAGUGGGUAAGACAUGCACGGCCGAGUGCAUUGCCGCCUAUACCAGCCGACCUCUCAUGGUGUUGACCAGCAGCGACAUCGGUACCAAUCCGGUUGAGGUAGAAAUGAAUCUAACCAUGCACUUCAAGCGAGCUAGGCGGUGGGGCUCGGUACUGCUGAUCGACGAAGCAGACGUAUUUAUGGAGCGCCGGUCGACAGCGGACCUAACGCGCAACAGUCUCGUGGCCGGGUUCCUGCGUGCUUUGGAAUUCUACGAAGGUAUCCUCUUCCUAACGACGAACCGCGUGGGCUUCUUCGACGACGCAUUCAUCUCGAGAAUCCACGUCCAGCUCUACUACCCAGACUUUGACGAUGUCAGCAGGCGGAAAGUGUGGCAAACAUUCAUUGACAAGCUGGAGAAAGAGCGGGGAGAUUACGUGAGGCUGAACGCAAUCGCGAAAGAGUAUCUCGAUGGUAGCGAGUUGAGGGCCGUUAAAUGGAACGGCCGAGAGAUUAGAAACGCGUUCCAAACGGCAGUCGCACUUGCAGAGUAUGAGGCGAAGAAAGAUUCAGAGGGAAAGAUCCUUCUGACGGAUGAGCACUUGAAGUCAGUGGUGGAGAUGUCCAAGGACUUCAAGGACUAUCUAGACAAGCUUCAUCGCGGUGAUGAAGGAAAGCGUGCCGCGCGGAGAUUCGAGAGAUUGGAUGAAUAG